UUCUCCGAGUAAACGGCUGAAGCGGAGAGACGAGCGAGCCUCUUCCCCAUUCCUUUCUUCUACGUCAGCCGCCCAUAGUAGUGAGUGAGUAGUGAGAGAGCAGCGAGGGGCCGGCCGGGUGACAGCGGGGCUGCGGGUCAGUUGAGGAGACUUGUGAGGAUGUAUUGUGUCCAGCACUGAGUAGCAGCACGUUUUUCUCAGCAGUGCCUCCCCUCCAUCCCUCGCAGUGCCCAGACACAAUGAGGGAUGGCAGACUGAUGACUGGCAAUGCCACCUGGGCAGACCAGGAGUGAGCCGCUCUCCGCAUCUGUGGGCGCCCCUUCAGGAGACACUUACCUGCAGCUUACUGUAGCUUUGAUCUGAACGCGCUUGGGAUGGAAGGAGCCGCCAGCGCCGCCGGGACGGGCAAAUCCAGGAGUGGUGGUAAGGGCAGCUGCGAUGGGGGAGUCGCUAGCCCCAGCCCGGGGUGCCUCGGACUCAGCGUGUGUGGUCGCAUCUCGCCGCCCUGCCCCGACCUCCAACCUCAAUACAAGCUGGACGACUUCGACACCGUGGCCACCGUGGGAACUGGGACGUUUGGGAGGGUCCAUUUAGUAAAAGAGAAAACGGCAAAGAAUUAUUUUGCACUAAAAGUAAUGAGCAUUCCCGAUGUCAUUCGUCUAAAACAAGAACAACACGUACACAACGAGAAAUCUGUUUUGAAAGAGGUGAACCAUCCAUUUCUAGUCAGACUGUUUUGGACCUCACAUGAUGAUCGGUUCUUAUAUAUGCUAAUGGAGUACGUACCGGGAGGAGAACUUUUUAGCUACUUGCGUAAUAUGGGACGUUUUAACAACAGCACUGGACUGUUUUAUUCUACGGAAAUUAUUUGUGCAAUAGAGUAUUUGCACUCCAAAGAAAUUGUUUACAGAGACUUGAAGCCUGAAAAUAUAUUGCUUGACCGAGAAGGUCACAUCAAGCUAACAGAUUUUGGAUUUGCAAAGAAGCUUUCAGACAGAACAUGGACACUGUGUGGAACUCCUGAGUAUCUUGCACCUGAAGUCAUUCAGAGUAAAGGCCAUGGAAGAGCAGUGGACUGGUGGGCUUUAGGCAUUCUAAUAUUUGAAAUGUUGUCUGGGUUUCCUCCAUUUUUUGAUGACAAUCCGUUUGGCAUAUAUCAGAAAAUUUUGGCUGGCAAAAUAGACUUCCCGAGACAUCUAGAUCUUUAUGUGAAAGACCUCAUAAAGAAGCUCCUUGUUGUGGAUCGAACUAGAAGACUUGGAAAUAUGAAGAAUGGAGCAGAAGACGUCAAGCGCCACAGGUGGUUUAGAUCUAUAGACUGGGAUGCGGUACCACAACGAAAAUUAAAGCCUCCAAUCAUGCCAAAGGUGUCCCAUGAAGGUGAUACAUCAAACUUUGAGGCUUAUCCUGAGGAUGAUUGGAACAAAGCCCCUCCAGUACCCCCUAAAGACCUAGAAAUGUUUAAGAAUUUUUAACUGGAAGAUUAUAAAAUGAACGAAACAACAAUAGGAACUUUGUGGAUAAAAUGGAAAUCCACUGUCAUCCUUGACAGCUCAAUGCGCAAAGAGAAGAUACCUCUUUUAGCCUUGCUAAUGAUCAAAACUUGACAAGCCAUGGCCAUUUAUAAUUACUGGAGGACUAUGGACAUUUGCAGAUUGUACACCUCUCAACGGAACAGGACAACAAAAUCCUGUGCAUUCCAGUACAUAGGGUCCUUAGUACUAGAGCAUGUGAUGCUGAUGUGGAAUCUGUAGCUGACUAUCAUUGCGUUUGUGUAGUGUCAGAUCAAUUUCGAGCUCAGUUAUUGGCGAACAAAAUGCAAUAUGUGACUAAGCAUUUCUUUCCAUCUCCAUUGCAAACGGUUCAACAGCAGUUCUGAAAGGCUUAGUAAUAAUAAUGUAUUAUUUGUAUAAUAAUCUGCCUUUAUGAGCUCACAAUAGAUAGGUGCUGAAAGGGAAUGUAUUCUAACCUUUGCUUUCAAAAGUUCAUGCAAAAGGCAAAUCCGUUUUUUGCUACUGUUAGAAAAUUUGCAGGAUACAUUUUUCUUUCUUUCUUGUUUGUAUAUAAAAUAAGAUCUAUAUACAAGACAUACAUUUUACAGACAAUAUACAAACGAGUGGCCACCAGAAGUCAUUAGAAGACCUUUUGAUAAAGUUCUUGCUAAAACUAUUUAGGUUCUGUACUCACAUGAUAUCAAUACCCGUACCCAGAUGAGUACAGUGCCACCUGCACAUAUACCACUUGUUUUUCCAUUGAGAGUUAAAAAAGAAUUCUAAUCUAAACAAAAUAAUUUCAAAACGGUCUCUAAAUGUGUAGUCCAUGCCUUUCAUGGUGGAUUGUUGGACACCUCUAUGAGAAAUGCUCUACAAGAAAGUAAUGUUGGCACCAUCCCAUUCCACAGGACUUUAGAGUCCAAAGUAAAAGUACUUAAUUUUUUUUUAAACAAGAUAACAUGAAACAAAACGAUUGCAUUUUGGAGGUUGAGCAGUCUCCCUUCAUCAGGGUUUAGGAUGGUACCUCUUAUAAAUACAGAACAAACAUCUGAUUCUUCCUAAAGUGCCCAGAGUCUGGCCUUUUAUGCACAUGCAGCACCCUAAACCCAGAUGAAGAGGGACUUCUCUUAACCCCCAAAACACAUGGAUCGUUUUGUUUCAUGUCAUCUUAUGAAUUAAAGGGCUUUUAAUUUGGACUCUAAGGAACCAUGGUGUGGUGCUACCAUUACCUUUUUACUCUGAGUGCUCAGUGAGGCCCCCUAGUCACAUAAGAGCGACCUAACCAGAGCCAUUGAAUUUGAUUCCAUUAUGUGAUAUUAAAUCUCAAUUAACUUGUGAUCCAAUGCCUUAUAUCUUGAUACUUCUAGCAAUCAAAUCCUGACAGAGAUCUAAACAAUCCCAAUCUAUACAAAUAAAUAAUAAAACUGUUUUAGCUUUAAAUACACUUUAGCCUUUACAUGUGUUUGACUUUUGGAGGCAUAGUUAUCCCAUAAAUAGGAUGUUCAAGGGAACUAUGUUUUUUUUUUUUUUUUUACUUUUAGCAGAGUUUAUUUUUGCUCAGUGAGUAAAAUCUUACAGAAUUUGCCCAGUUGCUCAUACCAAAUAUUUAUAUUUUACCAAUGUUUUUAUAGUACUCUUUUGCAUUCAUUCUAAAAAAUGUCCCCAACUAAAUCCCAUGCUUUUCCAAGAUCUCAAACCUUAGUACGGUUUAGGAGGUCAUUCAGUAAGCACAACAUUUCCCUAGCCUAAAAUCUAAGUCAAAACUUUUUCCUACAAUCUACAAUUAUUGUUCAUUUUGUCUACGAAAAAAAGAAUAAAAAAAAGCACAUAUUGACUAUGUACAUAAAAGAAUAUAUUAAGACCUGAGCACAGAACAUGUGCAAAGAUGUAAAUGUUUGUACUUAACAAAGUAUAAGUUUUAUUUUUUAAAUUGUGUUUUUUUUUUUCAAAAACCUUGUUCAGGGAUGGGCUUAAGACAUUUUUUUUAAUUUUCUUUUUCUAAAAAAUAAUGUUCUUUUACACCUGUGUGUGAGUGUGUGUAUGGUAUAUAAAACGAUAAAAAGAAAGGUUGUGCCUGCUGACAUUUAAGUGUUUUGUCCUUAAAGUUCAAAGGAUUACAGUCGGGACAAGGCACUUCAGAGGCAAGUGUGAUAUUGGGUAGAUUUAGCAUUUCAUUGGGGUAGUAAGGUACACAGUGUAAAAUCCUUGCAGGGCAGUAGAGGUUUUUUUGCACUGUGAUUCUGAAUAACUUCUAUUCAUUAUGGAAGUAGUUAAAGUGAGAUUACAAUCCAGACACUUGCAUUGCAAGUUAAGUAGCUACUUUGUAUGGAUCACUUUAAUACGGUUGGUUAAACUGAUGACUAUUUCUAAAUUUGCACGUCAAAUGUAAAAAGAAUCUGCUUAUGUUUUUUUUUUUGUCUUUUUUUUCUGGUUGUAUUUUUAAAACAUAGUGUUACAAUUGAUUUACAAAUGUUUUCCUAAAAUAAUAAUGCAAAUUGCUGUCAUCUUGAUUUUUUUUUCUGGACAUUAUUUAUUAAAACGUACAAAAUAUCAACCAUAUAUGAAAGCCAAA